AUGGCUGGCUUCGCCCUCCUUCGUAGCCUCGUUACUGCUCUCGCUCUUGCGCGCUACUCUCUUGCGGACCAGGACAGUGUAUUGGUCGAACGACAAAGUGAUCCCUGCGCGGCUAUUGCCAACCAGACCUAUGUCGUCCCUUCCAAGCUCACCGCAUGCCUAAAUUCCUUUGCGUUCAAUGCGACGCUCCGAGAUAACAUUGUCGACGUCGUUAGCAAGACGCUCAACUUUCACGCUUCGACAAAUUACCAAAUCUGGGCUCCUCCACCAUUCUUCGAUGUACACGUCGACGUUCAGUCAGAGUUGAAGCGCAUCAAGCGUACCUCGUACUCGAGUGACUUCGAGUUGCAUAAAGAUGUAUCUGCUCAGGUCAAACGUCUCUUUGACGGACAUUGCACCUAUAUCAACUAUUGCUACGACAGCUUAUUUGUCACUUAUCUCCCCUUUCCCCUUGUUAACCUCAACUCUGGCUGGCAGAAUUGGGUCCAAGACAUCUAUAUCGCCCCCGAAGCCUACAAUGUCGUCUCCAAGGAGUUUGCCCCCUUUGUCGCGGAAUGGCAAAAAUUGCAGGAUACAACUUUACCAAGUAUGCUGGUGCCAAAGUCAUUGCUAUUGACGACUUUGACCCGUGGUACGCCGUCGACCAAUCGGCUUCGGUCAUUGGUGCAUGGCAAGGCCGCUCCCAGCGCCAAAAUUCCUUCUUCUCGUCCUAUAUCCGCGCAGCAACAGAAUGGUCACUAUGUCAAGAUGACGGUCAUCCCAGUCAACUCGACGCGUUGGGAGACGAUUAAAGUUCCCUUCAUCUCGCGUAUCGCUACGGGUACGGUGCCAUUUACGAAUGCUGCCGAUCUUUGGAAAGGCAACUGUUUGGCGAAGAGUACGACGAAUGGUGUCGAUUAUUUCGCAACUGCCAAGACUGCCGACAAGAUGCUCAAGGGUGCAGAGGAAGGAGACUCGAAGACGGCCGAACUCGUCGACCCGUCUCCACCAAAGUUUGCCGAGCCCAUUGCUCCAGAGGACCGCAGGCACCCCAUUUCUUCGCUCGUUGAUGUUACUGCUCUUGCAGAUGUGGCACUUCCACCGGAACUCAACCCACCUACGCCUGUAUCCGGCAGUGGUACAGCGCAGUUCUAUCUACAAGGCAAAGUCGGCAUCUUCAUGCUUGGAAGUUUCUCCACGGGAGCUGGAUAUGCGCAGUGGUUCCAGAUUAUCAAGGAUGGACUCACAUCGCUCAAGGCUCAAGGUGCUACGCAUCUUAUUGUGGAUGUGACGAACAACGGAGGUGGAUACAUCUGCGUCGCCAACUAUCUCCACCGCUUCUUGGCCGGACCAUCUCCGCGCACCGAGCCCAAUGCAGGUUUCGAUACCAAGGCGCGAUACAAUGCACUCGCAUCCAAUAUCACCAAUGUAAUCACCGCAGGAGGCGUACCUGAGCGUGCAUAUCUCCUUUACGAUCCAGUCAACUGGCGCUACGCAAACUCGUCUGCCUACUUCCCCGAAAGCUACAACUGGCUCGAGCCACCCGUGAAGACGGUCGUAAAUGGUCGGCAAGAUGCGUUUAGUCAAAAGUUGGGCGACGAGUGCCAGCCUUUCCCGCUUGAUGUGCCGAGCGAGCCGCUGUUCCCAAUGGAGAACAUUGGAAUCGUCAACAAUGGUCGUUGUGCUAGCUCUUGUGCCAUUUUCACGAUUACGAUGGCCAAGAAGGAAAAGGUGCGCGUGGCGGUCGUUGGGGGUAGGCAGUUCACCCCGCAGCAAUACACGGGCACCGUUGGAGGCCAGUCUACGAGCUUUACGGUUAUCGACUCGGAGAUCAAGUCGACGCAUCUCAAGAACAAUUCCCUCGCUCCGCCAGAUUUCAUCGGCAAUGCCUAUCAGGGUCUGACGUGGAGACUAGGAUUUGGGUUCGAUAAUCCAAAGGAGCCAGAGGAAUGGCAAAACCACCAGGCGGAUGAUACAUUCCCUCUCACUCUUGAAACCGUCAAUCGACCAGAAGCUCUCUGGAAGGAUCUGACAAAGAGAGAUGGAAUCGCAUUGUAUCAUCGAAUACGAGCACAGGAAGAGCCUGAUCCAAGACUGACGACGGAGCUGAACGCAAUUAUCAGCACCCGACUUGCGACCUGCUCGACACAAAACAAGGGGCACUACAUAAACAGACUCCCGCUAGAGCUGCUUAGCCUCAUAUUCCAAAAAGCAGCAGAGGACGACCCAGCGACGCCACUGAUUCUCUUCUUGGUGUCGCAAACGUGGCGAAGACUUGCAGAGCAAGAGCCACGACUAUGGUCCACCAUCAUCCUCGACGAUAGUCAGCCAGAUUUCGUCGAAGUCGCUGCCGUGCGCGUCCAUUUUUCCAAACGGGCGCCCUUGGCCGUAAAGAUUACGAAUGGGAGAUUGAGAUUAUUACAUGUCAUCGAUCAUCUCUUCGAGGAUCACUUGGACCGAAUCGAGGACUUUGAGUGGACGAGUUCGCGGUCCGGCGCGGGAAAUAUGGGCGUGCCGCGCUUGGUCGCCCGUAUGAUCAAUUUGCGGCACCUGUCAUUGGAUUAUCCAGAGGGGAUGCUACCAGAACUGCUGCAAAAUACUCGAUCUUUGCGUUCGCUGGUGAUUACAAUCACCUCGCGUCAGGAGUUGGACAGCGUAUUGGGUGCUAUAGCAAGCAUACCAACCAUGCGCGCGCUGCAGCUGCUUCUUGGCCAUGCGAUGGAAGAUAAGGGACCAUUGGAUACUCCACUGAUGCAGGCCUUGUCGCUGGAAAAGGUCAUCAUCAACGGAUCCACCUUUCGCGUCGUCGGCAUUGCAAUGGAUCAGUGGGUAAGGACGCUCCUGAAAAUUCCCCGACUCCACCAUCUGGAGAUAAAUGUGACUACCCGACCGUCCAUCCUGUCCCCGGUACAACGAAUACGACUAGAUGCGACAACCCACCUUCAAUCUCUAAUCCUCUCGACAGGACUGCCAACACGCUUGAUCGAGGCCAUGAUCGCAUCCGCCACAGCUACGCUCUCUACCCUUGUCCUGAUGAGGGAGAUGGACUACCCCGCGCUCUUCCAACUCCUCCAGCUCCUUGCCACUUGCAGUCGUCUCAAGGUGCUCAAAUGGACAGGUCUCUGCACCACUACCCGCGUAAAUUCGCCCUCAGCAGCCGACAGAGUCAUUACACUGCAACGUCUGGAAAGCCUCCAUUUUACAUCCCGAAGUAUCACCCAACUACGCCUCUUCCUCUCAAUGUCCACGCCAAACCUGAUGGAGCUUUGGGGGAAAUGUUCACGAGGGGCACCUCUCGUCCGGGCGGUUUACGUACCAGGCAUCUUUUGGCCAUACAGUCGAGACGUUCUUCCUCCUGUUCAACUCCCGAAUAUCGAAAAGCUUGUGGUCACAACCCAUACUCUGGCGUCCUUGGACGGCAUUAUACCUUUGGAGGAUCAGAGACUAAACUUGGUGGUAUACCUAAUGAACCGUAUCGACUCUACAUUUCUCAACGCAUACACCAUGCCGAGUGGACUGUUCGCGUGCCUCGAUACGCUCACCAUCGAGGUCAGAGAACUCUUCUAUGGGAGGCGCAUGGCACGAAUGGAGGGAUUUGAGGAGAUGUUGCCAUUUGUUACUAACCUUCGCGUUAUUCGACUCCCUAUAGGUGGAGACGUCAUUCACCUCGAUAUUCUCUGUCGGGCCAUGCUGAACGGCGCAAUUUGUCCGAAAUUGGAAGAGAUUUACAGUAUGCAGUAUCCGGAUUGGAAUCUGCUCCUCAAUAUUUUAAUGAUGCGCAACAUACCGCAUGUCCUCGAUCCAACAGCACAGGGUCCCGUGGCUCUCAAACUCCUCGCUUUUCCGCGCCAGCUUCACCCGGCAGUCCACAACGCCAUCCAAGCCGCCCUCAAAGGAUAUUGGGUCCCGCCUCUUGCACCAUGGGUAUUACCCGAGGAUAUGCAGGUACAGAGGUGCGAAGGAUGUCUCCGGGCGCGAAUCCACAACUGCCUGUGGUCCGAGCAUUCCAAGGCUCCUCAGCUCAGGCCACCGAAGGGCUACUGCAAUAAUCACCGUGGCGAAACAAGGGCGUCUAUUACCAAAGACGCGCCGAUUCUCCACUAA